AUGGAGAAGCUGGGCGUAAACCAGUUGAGGACUCAAUUCCUCCCGCAGAUCUCUCCCUUGCCUGUGGAGCAGAAUACUUCCACCAAAGACGAGGUCCCGACUACUAGCACAACUCAGGAGGCCGCCGGUGAUGGCUCGUUGCAGGAUGAGACUGUUGAAGGACCCACUGCCGACGGCGCUCCUCUUGUGUCCUACCCGGUGCGGACGUUUGACGGUGAAGACUCUUCAAACGAGGAGACUACCGACCGACCCGACGUGCCGAACCGAGCCGAGGAAUCCAACGUGCCGAUUCAUGCUGAUGCAGGUAUGCCGCCAACCGAGUCGUUCCGAACUACCGACAUUCCUGACGCCGAUGGCUUGGCCGAGGUUCGUGAGAAACCAGACGUAGGCAAGUGUGCUGAUGACGACGACGAAAUGGAGCACGAACCAGUUGGAGGUUCAGCAGCCGGCGCAGGUCUCUCCCAGCAUGACACCUCGACUGCCAGCGCUCACCCGGCUACGGCCACAACUCAAGAGCCAGCCGAGGAGGGCCCCUCACACGGAGGUGCUGUUGAGGAACCCCCUGCCGACGACAAGGAUGCAGUGUGCAAUGUGCCAAGCGGUUCAAUAGACUUGCCGACAACCAAAGCGGACCAGGAUGCUUACCCGCCUACAAGGGAUCUAGCUGUGCAUGAAUCGAUUGUGGGGGCACCAGAUCGCGAUGGAGAAGCUGAGCGUAAACUAGUCGAUGACUCUAUUCCUCCCACAGAUCUCUCUUCGCCUGUGGAGCAGAGCACUUCCACUAAGGACGAUACCACUACCACAACUCAAGAGGCUGCCGGUGAGGGUUCGUCACACGAAGAGACUGUUGAAGAACCCACUACUGAUGGCGCUCCUCUUGCGUCCUCCUCGGUGCAGUCGUUUGACGGUGAAGGCUCUUCAAACGAGAAGGGCGCUGAUCGACCCGACGUGCAGAACCGUGCCGAGGAAUCCGACGUGCCGAUCCAUGGUGAUGCAGGUAUGCCGCCAACCGAGUCAUUCCAAGCUACCGACAUUCCUGACGCCGAUGGCUUGGCCGAGGUUCGUGAGAAAGCAGACGUGGACAAGUGUGCUGAUGACGGCGAAAUGGAGCACGAGCCAGUUGGAGGUUUAGCCGCCGCCGCAGGUCUCUCCGAGC